UGCACUGGUUACUAGGGGACUUGCCCAUAAGAAAUAUGUCUGCCAUCACGUCCUUGACAUGUGGUUGGUAGCCAUGCCUGGGAGUGCACACUGAGCUGUCCUGGUCAUGCUUGCAGCACGUCUGUGUGUGUUCACCUUCUGCAGGUCACAGAGCAGAAGAUUUCUGUUUAAAAUGACAGUGGGGUCCGAACUUCCCAGAGCCAUGAGAAUGGCUUCUAAUAUGGCGGCCAAUAAGAAUCUUCUGCAGUGGGACUUGUCUCCAGAGGAUAUUCACUCCAGGACCGAGACGCUCAUAGCGAGGACUAAGAGUGUAUACGAUGCAGUCGCUGCUCUGGAGGUCGAGAAAGUCACCUAUGAAAACACUGUCAAAGUUUUAGCCGACCUGGAGUUAGAAUAUGCAGUGGAGCGAAUCAUGCUAGAUUUUCCUCAGCACGUGUCCCCCAGCCGAGCGGUGCGGAUGGCCAGCACACAAGCCGAUAAAAGCCUGUCUGAUUUUGAUGUUGAAAUGAAUAUGAGGGAAGAUGUAUUUAGAAGAAUUCUCCAUUUUCAUAAAACUCAAGACCCCGAACAGCUGCAGCCGGAGGUUAGACGCUAUCUGGAGAAGUCAGUCCAGCUUGGAAGACGCAGUGGACUCCACCUUCCCCCGGAAGUACAGAGCGAAAUAAAAAGCAUAAAGAAAAAGAUCAGCGAACUAAGCAUUGACUUCAACAAGAAUCUCACAGAGGACAACACGUGGCUCGUCUUCUCUAGGGCAGACCUCGAAGGUCUUCCUACUGACUUCAUUGAAAGCCUAGAAAAAACUGACGGCGACCAUUAUAAAGUGACUCUCCAGUAUCCACAUUAUUUCCCUGUUGUUAAAAAAUGUUCAGUUUCGGAAACUAGGAGGAAAUUGGAAGCUGCUUUCAACAGUAGGUGUAUGGACGAGAACACUAAAAUACUUGAAGAACUGAUUGAACUCCGGUCUAAACUGGCAGAUCUUCUGGGAUACCAGACACAUGCAGAUUUUGUACUUGAACUAAACACUGCUAAGAACACAAACAAAGUAUCCACCUUUCUAGAUGAUCUGAAAACAAAAGUAAAGCCUUUAGGUGAAGAAGAAAAAUUGCUUAUUUUAAAAAUGAAACAUAAGGAAUUUAAAGAGAGAGCUUUGGAGUUUGAUGGUAAAAUCAAUGCUUGGGAUCUUCAAUACUACCUCACCCGCAUCGUGGAGACCAAAUAUUCUGUAGAUCAGGAGAAACUGCAGGAGUAUUUCCCUAUGGAGACAGUCACAAAAAAUCUUCUGUGCAUUUACCAAGAGCUGCUCGGCCUUCGGUUCGAACAUGUGGAGAAUCCUCAUGUGUGGCAUGAAAGCGUGACUCUCUAUGCUGUGUAUGACAGCGCUACAGGAGACGUUCUUGGACAAUUCUAUCUGGACCUGUACCCAAGGGAAGGGAAGUAUGGACAUGCUGCAUGUUUUGGACUUCAGCCAGGCUGUCUCCUCCCCGAUGGAAGCAAGAUGAUGUCAGCAGCAGCAAUGGUGGCAAACUUCAGCAAGCCUUCAAGUACUCGGCCCUCGCUGCUCAGACACGAUGAGGUGAAAACUUACUUCCAUGAGUUUGGCCAUGUGAUGCACCAGAUAUGUGCACAGACAAAAUUUGCUCGAUUUAGUGGCACAAAUGUUGAAACGGAUUUUGUUGAGGUGCCAUCACAGAUGCUGGAGAACUGGCUGUGGGAGAAAGAGGCUCUACAGAGGAUGUCGGCACAUUAUGUAGAUGGCAGUCCAAUACCAGAUGACCUGCUGGAUAGAUUAAUUGAGUCCAGACUGGCGAACACAGGUCUUCUGAUUCUUCGUCAGAUUCUUCUCAGUAAACUGGACCAGUCUCUCCACACACAGUCAUCUGCUGACACAGCCAGCGAAUAUGCCAAGUAUUCCGAGGAAAUUCUGGGCAUAUCCGCUACACCAGGUACCAACAUGCCAGCUACUUUUGGUCACCUAGCAGGCGGAUAUGAUGGACAGUAUUAUGGCUACCUGUGGAGUGAGGUCUUCUCCAUGGAUAUCUUUUAUAGCUGCUUCAAACAGAAAGGAAUAAUGAACCCAGAGGUUGGAUUGAACUACAGAAACCUUAUCCUAAAACCCGGAGGUUCCAUAGAUGGCAUGCAGUUACUGCGAGAGUUUCUAGGUCGUGAGCCAAACCAAAAAGCUUUUCUCUUGAGUAAAGGACUGAGCCCCUAAAAUCUAUAUAAACCCUCCUUGUUGAGUUUUUAAUGGACCUUUUUGACAGUGUGCCAAAACAUGCAGAAAUGUGUUGCAGUAUUAUGCCAAAUGUGUCUUUCGACAGUUUCACACGGUCUAGGUAGGACAUUUCUGAAAGUUAGAACAACCAGGUUUUCGUUUUCUACAGAACUAAACUCACUGCCCCACUGCGUGCCAUACAAUCCAGCAGGGAGACAUGACUUUGACAAUUUCUAUGUGACUCUUCUAAAAGUUCUUGUGGUCACAAAAGGAAAAUAUCAUUUGCGGACUGUUGAUAAGAUGUAGCAUGCUUUUAUCAAGUUCAUGGUCGUUUUCUCGCAUGUAUCUGAGAUGUAUGCCGAAAUUGCCGGAGGUUUGUGAAAUGAUGAUAACUUCUCACAAAACAUACAUAUGUUGAAAAUAUUGAAAGGGGUUGUCCCAUUAAGACAACUUAUUCCAUAUCCACAGGAUAGGGGAUGUGUCUAAUUGGUGGGGGUCCGACCAUUGGGGCCUGUUCUCUCUGUUUGAAUGGAGCAGCAGAAAUUCAACUCUAUGGGGCCUCCGUAAAAAACUAUCUCUUGCAGGCCCAUAAAGCUGAAUGUAGGGGCAGUAUGCAUGAGUGAUCCAUUCAAACAGUAAAGCACGUUCUCAUGAUCUGCGGGGCCCCCAGUGAUCGGACCCCUGCCGAUCAGACCCUUAUCCUGUAGAUAAGGUACAAGUUGUCAUAGUGGGACAGUGAGUAAAUGGAAUUUAAUGGUCAGAAAUGACUAAAUCCAGUCUCUAUGAAGAGGUGGAGUAGAUCCCCUCCCACAGAGAUCAGAAGGUGGCAGGGUGCUCCAUACAGAGCCUGAUCGAUUUAUAUCGUUUAUAGUCUUUCUGUCCCACCUUAUCUAGGCCACCAGCAGUACGUAUUAGCCAUCAUUUGUCACUAAAUCCCCUGUCAUCUAGUGAUAUUGAAAUGGCUUUGCUGUGAUGUCUCAGUCUACACACAAAAGCUGAAAAAGUGAACUGCAAAAAACACAGGAAAUGUUAGCUUAUUGGGAGCGUGUUAGUUGCUAAUGUGGAAACUGGAAUAUUGUUAGGUUUUGAACAACAUAAAAACACCAGAAAUGUUUCAAACAAUGUUUAUAAUAAAGUAGAAAAAAUCUAGUAUUAAUAAUAAUCAAUGGUACAUUGUGAUUGAUUGUGUAAGGCUACUUUCACACCUGCGUUUUUGCUGCAUCCGUCAUGGUUCAGCAAAAGCGCUUACGUCAUGUUAAUACAACCCAACCGGAUCCGGUUGUAUUAUCUCUAAAAUACCCAUGACGGAUCUGUCUAUAAAACCAUUUUAAGUCCAUCAGAGAAAACGGAUCUGUUUCCAUUCACUUACAUUGUGAGUCACGAGGGAUCCGUCUUGCUCCUCAUCCCAUGACGCACUUAAAAACGCUGCUUGCUUCGCUUUUGUGUGCAUCAUGGGAAUGCAAUGAAACGGAACGGAAUGGAUUCUGGUGCACUCCGUUCCCUUCAGUUCAGUUUUGUCCCCAUGGACAAUGAAUGGGGACAAAACGGAAGCGUUUUCCCCCCGCUAUUGAGAUCCUAUGACGGAUCUCAAUAGCGGAAAGGGAACGUGCAGGUGUGAAAGUAGCCUAAGGCCUUUUGCAAGUUUUUCAUUUCCCUGCGGCACUACCAGAGGGGAAAAUAGGGACACGGCACACAGUUCUCAUUGAAAUCAUGUAAUGCACCAAACAUGAGGGGUCUUUUAGAACGAGGCAAUCUUUAAAGCUGCCCUCCACUUCGGCUGACAGAUAAUGAUGCUAAACAAGACAACCCUUUAGGUCAAUGUAUUGGGUUGAGUUUUUCUUGUUUC